AUGAAUGAAGAAAUCAAAGAAGCUGAACCAAAAAAAUCUGGGUUUGGAGCAAAAGUUUUUGGUCUCCUAAGAACCCUUCGUGGAAAGUUGGUGUCCGUUUUCACUUCACCAACCCAGAAAAAUGCACAGAAAAUAAGUGAACAACAGAGCGUGGAGGAAAUGAGAGAAAACCAAAGGGCCAACUCUCGCAGAAAGAGGAAGGCUGAAGAAUACAGUGAGGAAGAGAGUGUCAUCUUAAGAAAGAGAAGAAAAUCCUCAGAAGUGAGACCUCCUGACUUGCAGCUGCAUUCUAAAGCCUCAGAUGAUAUUCUGAAGGCAAAUCAGGCAAGACGAGGAAAAAAGCGCAAAAGAUCAGGUGAAGAGGAUUCUGAAGUAGAAAGAGUGAAAAGAUUCAAAGGUGAUAAGACAGGGAGUGAAGAGAGGCAAUGCCCUGAUGAGACUAAAGCAGGUGGAGUUGCCGGCCCUGUUUCCAUCGACAGGUUCAUUAUCACAAGAGAACUGGGAUCAGGCAGCUUUGGAACGGUUUCUCUGGCCCGAGACAAAGUCACAGGACAACGUGUUGCUAUAAAAACGAUAGCAAAGAAGACGGCCUAUCCAUCCUUAGUGAUGAGCGAGAGGCGAAUUCUUGAAGCUGCACAGGACUGCCCGUACCUUGUGCAUUCGUAUGCUGCCUUUCAGACUGAGGAAGAAAUCUUCUUUAUUAUGGACUACAUUCCAGGAGGAACCUUAGAAGACCUCUUGGAAGGAAGAGGUACCCUCGACAUUGGAACCGCACGGAACUUGGCUGCCGAAAUAGUGUGCGGACUGACCUUUCUCCAUUCCCGUGGCAUUAUUCAUCGGGACCUCAAACCAGAAAACAUCUUGAUUGACAGUGCCGGUCUUAUCAGGAUUGCUGAUUUUGGCCUGGCUGUAGAAGGUGUAUUUGGGGAUGAAACUACCGCAGGCUAUGCUGGUACUAAAGGAUACAUGGCCCCGGAGAUUAGCAAUGGAGGAAAGUAUGAUUCCACAGUGGACUACUGGUCAUUAGGAGUUAUACUUCAUGAGAUGCUCACUGGGAGGAAGCCAGCCUUCUCCUGGUGGACAAACAACUUCAAAUGCCCACAGAACUUAAGCCCAGAGGAAAAAGACAUUCUGAUGAUGCUACUGUGUAAUGAUCCCAUCAAAAGGCACGAUUUUGUUCAAUGCAUCAAGGACCACCCAUUCUUUGAGUCAACUGACUGGCUGGCAUUAGAAGGUGGUACAACGGAGCUGCCUGUCACACCAGUAAGUGUUUAUAAUGCUGAAACCCUCUCUAAAGAAAAUGGGGUUAGGGCUAUAUAG